ACGACUCGAUGAACUUCGACCCCGCGCUCGAGAACAACGACGACAGCCAGGACGACGACAGCGAGCCGUCGCCCAACAACACCGCCCAUGGCGACGCUCCGCCGCCCGACCUCGACGUGCCUAUCCCCGUCGAGGGCUCCUCGUAUACGGACUGGGAGGCCCUUCGAUAUGCCAUCAAUGCGUGGGCGCUGAGGGAUAAGUUCAAGACGCGGAUCCAUAAGAAGGACUCCACCCGCGCCGUCUACCACUGCAAAUACGAAAAAAGAACCAAGCCGCCCUGCACCUGGCGCAUCCGCGCCAACGUCUCGCGCCCCUCCUCCUCCACCCCCUCGCAACACCCCCCCUCGGUCGUCGUCACCGUCGUGCAGCCCUUCCACACCUGCAACCCCGACGAGCACGUCGAGGACGACAAGUACUGGCGCCGCGGCGUGCAGUUCACACAGCGCUGGGUGCGCGACUCGCUCGCGCGCUGCGGCUUCCAGGUCUCGGUCGACACGGCGCCGGCCGAGAUCGUGCAGGUGAUCAAAGAGCGCUUCGGCGAGGACAUUGAGGAGAAGCUGGCGAAGAAGGCCAAGACGAGCCUGCUGGUCAUGCGCGGCGACAUCCAGCCGCCGGCGCGCGGGAAGACGCAGCGCGCGCCGGGGGUCAACCGCGGCGGGCGGCCGAGCAAGGCCAUGCUGGAGGAGCGGAAGCGCGUCGCCGAGGCCGAGGCUCACAUGCAGCGGCGGCGCGCGAUGGAGCGGGAGCGGCGCGAGCGCGAGGGCUUGCCGCCGCUGAACGACCACGAGCUCAUGCUGUUUGUGGAGGGCGAGGGGCAUGGCCAGUCGCAGGCGCAGGGCGCCAUGGCCCUGGCGAUGCAGGCGCAGCAGAACCCGGCCGUCGUCACGGGCGGCGAGGACUUUGUGUUUGAGUCUGGCGAGCGGAUCUUGGGCCCCGUGCAGCAGUAUCUGGUGGAUGAGGCGAGGGCGGGCACGACGGAAACGGAGCCGGCGCCGGCGUUCCAUUCGCAUUCGAUUCCGGGUGGCGCGAGGGCUGUGGUGCCGAUGCUGGCGAGUGGGAGCUCGAGGCCGUGUGAGACGUGCUCGGGGACCGGCGUGGUGAGUGUGCCUGGAAGGGCCGGUGGCAGGAGCCAGGAGGACGACGAGCUGAAUGUGUUGAAAAAUCAGGUGACGAUGCUGGCGAAGCAGAUCUCGUUGAUGCAGAACCGGAGAGAGAGGGCUGGCUGAUGUCGUGUGGAGGGGCUCGGGGGGGCCCAAGGUACGAUCGAACGGUAGGCUGCUUCACGACCUGCCAUGGCUUGUGGUGGAGGGUAGGAUCCUAUAACGUAAUUAGAGGUACAUCCUUCCUGGGUAGAGAUACUAUGAGGUCUCCUGGACGAAGGGGUGAGGUCUCGGUUGCUGCGGAAGCCGUAGAAUAGUUAAUAAGAGGGAG